AAUUUACUUGGACUGAUAAACACCAACAAGUAUUUGACUGGCUCAAAUAUCGUCUUACUUCUGCACCAAUAUUACAAUAUCCUGACUAUGACCAACCAUUUUUAUUAUUCACUGAUGCUACUUAUCUGGGAUUAGGAGCAGUAUUAUCGCAA